CUCCAGGAACACAGACACCUUGGACUCUUCAGGCUACCCACUAUCUGGAGUUACAAAUAUUUCAGCCCAAAGGACACACAGCUUGGACAUCAGCCAGGCUGUAACAUUGAGGAGACCUCUGAGGGACCCUGAAGCUGAAACUGGAAACUUCUCUGAUAAAUCUGUUGACUCGAAGCUGAGUCUUUCUGAUCUGAGGACAUACACCGGUUCGAUUCUUCAACCAAAAAUCAUGAAGUCUCGUCGACCCAGCUGCACUGACUCUGGAUCCGAGUCCUCAGAACCAGACUCCAAGAGCCCAGAGAAAUAUGAGACUGCCACAAGGCGGCGGAUGGCUGCCAAUGCCAGAGAGAGGAAGAGGAUGCAGGGUUUGAACACAGCCUUUGAUCGCUUACGUAAAGUGGUCCCCCAGUGGGGCCAGGACAAAAAACUGUCCAAGUAUGAAACCCUGCAGAUGGCCCUCAGCUACAUCAUGGCUCUUAACCGGAUCCUGACAGACGCCAGGAGGCACAACGCUCCUCACAGGCAGUGGCUGGACCUGCAGUUUGACUGCAUGCAGCCUGAAAACUACCCCUGCUUCAUGAGGUACGACUCUCCGACCGGAGAGGAGUACAUCCACUCGUCGUUCUCAUAUCAGUUCGAUGGCCAUCAGGUCCAUGCAUAAACUGCUGCCAUUUGGUAGAUAAUCAGUCAUGUUGUUGGAUGUGAGUGACAAUGUGAAUAUUUUUCAGUAAAUACAUUUGUAUUGCAUUAUUUUCUUUUUGUAUUUAUCUAAUUUUUGUAUGACAAUCAGAAAGGCUUCUAUUUCAGUUUGAAGUCUUUUUUAUUUUUGCUAGGAAACCCAGCAAUGUUGAGCAGCGUAUUGUUCAAAGUAUAGAAAUGAAAGAAAUGUAGUGUCAUUAUAAUGAUCACUAGAUUGUACUGAAGAUACAGGCAAUGGUGUAUUUUUAUCAGUUAUUUUGAUACGGCCCUAAAAUGUUGUGCAAUGUUUAAUGGAUUCUGAGAAAAUCAUUGUCUUAGUUGCAUUAGUUAAAGUCAAUAUGUAACUAUUUUGUCAAAGUGUAAGUAUGUGUUUGUAGAGUUGAAAAAUGCACAUUAUUUUCACAUGCAGACCUCUGUUUUGUUGAAUUAUAGUUUUUGAUCAAAAAUAAAAAACUAUUUUGUAUGAAAAAGCA